AGAAGCAGUUCAUGCGAGUUUUACACGCAGUUUUUUACUAAAAAAUUAAUUCAUAAUGAUUCGUGAACUUCUGGAUUUUCUGCUUCUACUUAAGAACAUUUUCAUUGCACUAAACCUUUUCAUUCGCAAGGGCAUAGAAGCAAGAAGAAAAGCGUCUUUGGAGUCCGAUCCCUCCUCGCCUGAACCCGAUGACAUUUUUGAAACCCUAAUCGAUCCGUUCACGCGGGAACGAUACAAAUUCAAAAACGUCCCCCGUCACCUGGAGGCUCGCUUUACUCGCUUCAUUCGGCUGGGAGCUCAGCUGCAGUACAUUUCCGCCAAAACUGGAGUUCCUCGGGUUGUUGCGGCCGAUUGCCUCAACCCGGACGGUUUCGAUGGUAUUUUCGCGGGACUGUAA